UUAUUAUCUCUAUAAAUGAAGCCCGGAAACCUGUGGUUUUCCGCACGCUCUUCACAGCAACAUAAACAUUCUUCUAGCAUUCAAACAGAUCAUCACCGCUCAAACCAAGAAACACCUCAACCACCACCCAGUCACACCUUUUCUUCUAAUUUUUUUCCCUUUCUUUUUUUGUGUUUCCCUCCUCCAUCCACUCCUUUUUGAACUUGCAAAGAAAAAAUGGCUGAAGGUGUGCUCUUCAAUAUUGCGGAGGAAAUAAUAAAGACAUUAGGUUCCCUAACUGCUCAGGAGGUUGCACUAUGGUGGGGGCUCAAAGAUCAAUUGCGGAAGCUCAAAGACACAGUUACCAGGAUUAAGGCUGUGAUUCAAGACGCUGAGGAGCAGGCACAAAAACAGAACCAUCAAAUCGAAGUCUGGCUCAAGAAGCUGCGGGAAGCUGUAUAUGAUGCAGAGGAUUUGCUGGACGAUUUCUCAACGCAAGUUCUGCGGAAACAGUUGAUGUCUGGGAAAAGAGUAUCGACGGAGGUACGCCUUUUUUUCUCAAGAUCAAACCAAUUUGUGUAUGGUUUACGGAUGGGUCAUAGAGUUAAAGCACUUCGAGAGAGACUAGAUGACAUUGAAAUUGACAGUAAAAAAUUCAACUUUGAUGUUCGUGGUGAGGAGAGAGCUUCUUUGACCACUGUCAGGGAGCAAACUACCUCAUCUGAACCUGAAAAAAUAGUUGGGAGAGAGAGUGACAAAGAGGCAGUUAAAAGUUUUCUGAUGAAUUCCAACUAUGAACAUAAUGUUUCUGUCAUCUCCGUAGUUGGAAUGGGAGGGUUGGGGAAGACCACACUAGCUCAACAUGUUUACAAUGAUGAGCAAGUUAAGGCGCACUUUGGUGUGAGACUCUGGGUAAGUGUCUCAGGCAGCUUAGAUGUUAGAGAGAUUAUCAAAGGGGCUGUAGGUACUAGAGAUUUUGAUGAUCAGUUAGAGAGUCUGAAAAAAGAGUUGGAAGAGAAAAUAGGAAAAAAGAAGUAUCUUCUUGUAUUAGAUGAUGUGUGGGAUGGUGAUGAUGGUAAGGAUGAUGGUGAAAAUUGGGAUAGGUUGAAGGAGUUGUUACCAUCUGAUGCAGUAGGAAGUAGGAUAGUGGUAACUACACGUUCUCAUGUAAUUGCCAAAUUCACAAGCACAAUAGAACCACAUGUUUUAAAAGGUCUGUCUGUAGAUGAGUCAUGGGAACUGUUUAGAAGAAAGGCAUUUCCUCAAGGCCAGGAGUCGGGUCAUGUAGAUGAGAGAAUUAGAAAAGAGAUUGUAGAGAGGUGUUGUGGAGUUCCUUUGGUCAUAAAGGCAAUUGCGAGGUUAAUGUCUUUGAAAGAUAGAGCCCAGUGGUUGCCCUUUAUCCAACAAGAACUUCCAAAUAGGGUCAAAGAUGAUAACAUCAUAGAUACCCUUAAGUUAAGCUACGAUCCUCUUCCAUCAUAUAUGAAGCAUUGCUUUGCAUACUGUAGCUUAUUCCCAAAAGGUCAUAGGAUUGAUGUGAAGUUAUUGAUUCGACUUUGGAUUGCACAAGGGUUUGUUAGCUCUUCAAAUUCAGGUGGUAGGUGUCUUGAUAUUGUUGGUCUUAGUUGCUUUGAGCAUUUACUGUGGAGGUCAUUCUUUCACGAAGUGGAGAAGGAUGGUUUAGGUAACAUAGAAAGUUGCAAAAUGCAUGAUUUUAUGCAUGAUCUUGCAACCCAUGUCGCUGGUUUUCAGAGCAUCAAAGUGGAGCGUGGAGGAAAUAGGAUUAGUGAAUUGACUCGGUACGUGUCAUUUGACAUGGAAUUGGAUUUGUCCCAACAAAUUCCAAUUCUUUUGCCUUGUGCAAAAAGUCUAAGAACAUUUAUAUUAUUUCAAGGCGGCAAAUGGGAUGAGGGGUCAUGGAAGUCUAUUUGUCGAGACUUUAGGCUUUUACGUGUGCUUGUUUUGAGUCAUUUGGGAAUGAAGGAAGUGCCACCUCUCAUUGAAAAUAUCAAGCAUCUGAAAUAUCUUGAUCUUUCUAAUAAUGAGAUGAAGGCGCUUCCUAAUUCUGUCACUAGUCUGGUAAAUUUGCAAGUGCUCAAGCUCAAUGGUUGUGAUAACCUUAAAGCACUACCAAGAGAUAUUAGUAAGCUGAUCAAUCUGAGGCAUCUUGAUGUUGGUUGCACUCUUGAUGAAGAUUUAUGUGAAAAUUUAGAGUAUAUGCCUCGUGGGAUUGAAAAAUUAACUAGUCUACAAACGUUGUCAUGUUUUGUGGCUGCUAAAAAUAGGAGUUCUAAAUCCAAGAAGGUUGGUGGAUUGGAUGAGUUGAGUGAAUUAAAUGAAUUGAGAGGGAGGCUAGAAAUAAGAGUAAAGGGAUAUAAGAGCAGUUCUUGUAUAUCAGAAUUUAAAGGAGCAAAAUUGAUAGAGAAAAAAUAUCUUCAGUCGUUGACCAUAUGGUGGGACAUACAGGAAGAUCUUAUUUCAGAUAUUUUAUUGUAUGAUAAAAUGUUGGAAAGCCUCGAGCCAAACUUGAGUCUUCAAGAGUUGAAAGUGAGAGGCUAUAAAGGCAUCAGGUUUCCACAUUGGCUUUCAGAACUCUCAAAUCUUGUAAGCAUUCAUCUAAUAUUCUGUCCAAGACUUAAGCAUAUCCCUCCCUUAGAUAAAAUCCCUUCUCUUAGAGAAAUGUUGAUUAUGCAUUUGAAUAAUUUGGAGUACAUGGAUAGCGAGGGGGAUGGAGGAAGAGGAGUUUCAGGAUUUUUCCCAUCUUUAAAGAAACUUAGCAUCUAUAAUUGUCCUAAUCUGAAGGGAUGGUGGAAGAAGAGUAGAGAUGAGAAGAGUGAUGAUAAUGAUGAGUCAUUAAAAGAAAUGCUAUGUUUUCCAUGUCUUUCUUCCUUGAGCAUUGUUGAUUGUCCAAACUUGACUUCAAUACCGUUUUUUCAAACUCUCUCAAUUCUCUUUUUGUUGAGAGCUAGUUCAAUACCAUUACAGCAGACAAUGGAGAUGACAUCACCAGUCUCUUCUUCUUCUUCUUCCCGUCCUCUCUCCAAAUUGAAGAAACUAUAUAUUUAUUUCAUUGAUGAUAUGGAAUCUCUUCCAGAAGUAGGGCUGCAAAAUCUCUCUUCUCUUCAACAACUAUCGAUUAGGGGAUGCUCAAGAUUGAAGUCUCUGCCACUGCCUGAUCAGGGGAUGCCUUCUCUUCAGAAAUUAAAUAUCAUCAGUUGCAAAAAAUUAGAGUAUCUAUCUCAAUCUGGAUCGCAAAGGAUACCCUACCUUACCUCUUUACAAGAAUUAGAAAUAUCUUACUGUAGUGGAGAGUUGAGAGUGAUAGAAUAUCGAGGCACGAGGUUUCCAAGUUGGCUUUCACAUCUCUCAAAUCUGGUAAGGGUUCAUCUACGACAUUGUAGAAGACUUGAGCAUCUCCCUCCCUUACAUGGAAUCCCUUCUCUUGAAGAAUUGUCAAUCGCAUAUAUGGAUAGUUUGGAGUACAUAGAUAGUGAGAGGGUUGGAGGAAAAGGAGUGUCGAUGUUUUUCCCAUCUUUAAGGAAACUUCGUAUCUUUAGUUGUGGUAGACUGAAGGGAUGGAGGAAGAAGAGUAGAGAUGAGAUGGAUGAUGAUAGUGAUGAGUCAGCAAAAGAAGGGUUGAUAAUGCUCUGUUUUCCACGUCUUUCUUCCUUGAGCAUUGUUGAUUGUCCAAAGCUGACUUCAAUGCCGUUGUUUCCAACUCUCGAUGAAGAUCUUUAUUUGUGGAGGACUAGUUCAAUGCCAUUACAGCAGACAAUGGAGAUGACAUCACCAGUCUCUUCUUCUUCUUCUUCAUCUAUCCGUCCUCUCUCCAAAUUGAAGAAUCUAGAAAUUUAUAUCAUUGAUGAUAUGGAAUCUCUUCCGAAAGUAGGGCUGCAAAAUCUCUCUUCUCUUCAACAGCUAUUUAUCUAUGGAUGCGAAAGAUUGAAGUCUCUGCCACUGCCUGAUAAGGGGAUGCCUUCUCUUCAGAAAUUACUUAUCAGGCAUUGCAGAGGAUUGAAGUCGCUAUCUGAAUCUGAAUCUCAAGGGAGGAUACCCUUCCUUCCCUCUUUGCAAGAAUUACUACUAAAUGGCUGCAGUGAAGAGCUGAGCGGAAGAACAAGAGGAUGGGGAAAGGAGAGCGUGGAGGAGUGGCCUAUCAUUAAACACAUUCCAUAUAUUUUUAUCGAGGACGGCUACAUUCAAAAGGAGGGUCGCUAUGUAAAGGGUAGCUUACAUAAAGGCCAUUAGCAAGCUUCUAUGAGAUUACUAUCUUAUCGUUUUACAGAUGGUGAUGCAUUCCCACUUUCUGAAUUCCAAGGCACAGGUAUAUAUUGUUCUUAAAGCUGGCUAAUUCUCUGAGCAAUUUAGUGUUGAUGGAUAGAGGGACAGUGCAAGGAAAUGGCCCUUGACCGUCUGUCUACAACAGCCUUCAAGCAAGCAUGGUGCAGUUCCAGUAACAUUGAAGCAGAUAAGCUGAGCUUCAGAUUCCGGGGAUGUGUUAGGAAUUUCACAACCUCCAUAUUAGGAAUAGAUAAUCUGUACAUAUUGACUUUCCUAUUGUAAUGCCUAACUUGUAGGGAGAUAACCUAUAAUGUAGUAAUUGAUUCCUAACUUGUAGGAAUGUCUGGAAUCCUGCUAGUAUAAGUACAUGAUGAGAUCAAUAAUAUAUUCAUUCCAGCAAA